AUGGUCCGCGCGUCGUUGGCGCGGCGCCUGUUCGGUGUCGGGCAGGCAGCGCGGCAUCAGUUCCCUGAAGUAGGGAACGACGGCUACAUAUUCCAGUUUGCCUCGCAGAAAGCCCUGAGCGGCUGGUCCACGUACACGGACCGCGAGGCCUUCGGCGGCGGCUCAACUGCCUCGAUUGAGCACGUCGGCGGCGCCGCCGCGGGCCAAGCGCUGCCAAACAGCCAGCCAACCUCCCAGCCCGCGCCGACGGACGCCGUUGCCGAGGCCGGCGACAGCGUGUCGGGCUUCAUGCGCUUCUCGGGCGUCUUCUCCACGGAAAUCCCCCCCACAGCGCUGGACCGCGGCGUGACGCGUUCCGGCAUCGCGUUGUGCGCGUGGCGCGUUCCCAACUCAGACAUGGUGCUGGACCUCACCACGAAGAGCGAGACGGCGUACGGGUCGCUGGUGUUCCGCCUGCGCGGCGACGGGAAGCCGUACAACGUCAUCGCGCGGACGCGGUCGAGCUUCAUGCUGCGGGGCGACGACUUCUCGGAAGCACACCGGUGGGUGGCGCCGUUGCUGCCGCAGCCGGGGGAGGGCGGCGCGGGCGGGGCGGCCGAGGAGGGCGACGGCGGCCUCGGGAGCCUGGGACGGCGGAAGCCGAUGUUCCAGCACCAGAGGGAGGGCUGGACGGAUGUGGUGGUGCCUCUGAGCAGCUUCGUUAUGCACUCCCCUCACGGGCGGGAGGUCGUGGGCCAGGAGGACGGCACGCUGCACGACUGCAAGGACAAGAUCCUGUCGCUCGGCAUCUGCGUGGCCCCCGUCGACCACGCCGCAGGGCCGUUCUCUCUGGACGUGGCUUCCAUUCGCGUGACGAGCGAAGGGAUCGGCGCGUGGGGGCUUCCGGAGGAAGAGGCGAGGAGACAGCGGACGUUCCGGUCCAUGGGCUUGUAA